ACAACCACAGAGACCUUUGGUUUCAAUCCUUCAACCGAGGCAUGUUUUACAGCCCUACUGUUUGUGCAGCGUUACUAGGCCAAAUAUAGCAAAAAGGUUAAAGGAAACAGAUUAUUGUGUCAGCUAGUUUCUCUUGGUAAGAUCCAAUGCGGGGAUCCAAUGACAUGCUGGGGGAUUACCAUGAGAAUCCUCCUUACCAGCGCCUUGGGGCCGGGUUACCUGUUACAGAAUUGAGUAUGAUGGCUCAACCAGAUUCAGAUUUCAAGGAAGAAGACUCACUAAAGGAGGAUUUAAAGUUCUACUUUAUGAAUCCGUGUGAAAAAUACAGAGCUAGACAUCAGAUACCAUGGAAACUGGGGCUUCAGAUUCUGAAGAUAGUUAUGGUUACUACGCAGCUCAUCCUUUUCGGUUUGAGUAACCAGUUGGUGGUUUCUUUUAAAGAGGAGAAUACUAUGGCUUUUAAGCACCUAUUUCUGAAAAACUACUCUGGGGUAGAUGAAGAUGACUACAGUUGCAGCGUGUACACACAACAAGAUGUCUAUGAUAGCAUCUUUUUUGCAAUUAGUCAGUACCAACAACUGAAGAAUAUAUCACUGGGCACACUUGGUUAUGAGCAAGAUAAAGAUGACUUGGCUGGCUUACACAUAUGUAAACAGCAAUAUAGAAAAGGCACAAUGCUUUCUUCUAAUGAUACUUUGCACAUAGACAGUACUACUGAAACAGAAUGCAUUAAUUUUGAACCUCAGUAUCUGGCUACUAAGGAAAUAAGUGACUUAAAGAAUUCAUCAUUUUUCAACCUUGAGUUCUAUAGGCUUAUACAGGUUGAAAUUUCUUUUAAACUAAAAGGCAUUGAUCUGCAGACUAUUCAUACGCGUGAACUGCCUGACUGUUACGAAUUUGAAAAUACUAUCACUUUUAACAAUAUGGCUCACAGUGGUAAAAUGAAAAUAUAUUUUGAUACUGAUGCUGACAUUCAAGAAUGUAAAGAGUGGAAUAUAUCUGGCUCUUUAGUUCAGAAGAACACACAGUAUAUCUUGGUUUUUGAUGGGUUUGUCAUUAUGAGUUGUUUUGCUUCCCUGAUUCUCUGCACACGAUCUAUUAUUCUUGCUCUAAAAUUACAAAAAAGAUUUGUGAAUUUUUUUCUGGAGAGGUAUAAACGCCAUGUAUGCAACGCAGAUCGCCUAGAGUUCAUAAAUGGAUGGUAUGUUUUGGUGAUUAUCAGUGACAUGAUGACUAUCAUUGGCUCUAUAAUGAAGAUGGAAAUAAAAGCAAAGAAUCUUACAAGCUAUGAUGUUUGCAGCAUUUUGCUUGGAACAUCUACUCUGUUUGUUUGGGUUGGAGUCAUUCGAUAUUUGGGCUACUUCCAAACCUACAAUGUACUCAUUUUAACAAUGCGAGCAUCUUUGCCCAAAGUUCUCAGAUUCUGUUGUUGUGCUGGGAUGAUAUACCUUGGCUAUACUUUCUGUGGCUGGAUUGUUCUAGGACCAUAUCAUGAAAAGUUUGAAGAUAUGAACACGGUAGCAGAGUGUCUCUUUUCCUUAGUCAACGGUGAUGACAUGUUUGCUACGUUUGCUCAGAUUCAGCAGAAGAGUACCAUAGUCUGGUUAUUCAGUCGAUUAUACUUGUAUUCCUUCAUCAGCCUCUUCAUAUAUAUGAUACUCAGCCUCUUUAUUGCACUCAUUACAGAUGCCUAUGACACCAUAAAGAAAUACCAACAAACUGGGUUCCCAGUUACAGAUCUUCAUGAAUUCCUAAAAGAAUGCAACAGUGAAAAUUAUGGCCCAAGACAGCAGACAUCCAUGAAUUUCUGUUGCUGCAUGAGGCAGAAAAGCGAUGAUAACUGUAUACUUAUUAAUUAAAGAUGGUUGGCAUGGCCCAAACUGUCUACAAACUGCUGGAAAGCUGGCCAUCCUGAAUCUAUUGGAAACACUGCAUGGGCAAGUGUCUUCUACAAACUCCUGACCUUAAUGUAUUUCAAGGAAAGAGAAGCAGCAAUGUUUUUCUGCCAUCAACAAUGGGAAGCUCAAAAUCUGUAGUACAAGUGUUGGAUAAGCAGCUUACAAACUGAUUGCAAUAGCUGAUCUUAAGAGGAACGUGCAGUGGGCUCCUGAAUCUUAAGUAGUUGUUGUGCACUCUUCAAUUGUAACUUGCUUUCUAAAUAUUUUAUAUUAAAGUAUUUAAAUGAGACUCA